AUCUUGCAUGUGUGGCCCUUGGCAGCAGCCUCCUUGGCAUGGGGGUGAAGCGGAGCCUUCAGAGAGGGGGCAUCUUGCUGGGCUUCUUGGCCAAAAUCCUCAUGAUUCUCUCCACUGCCACCAACUACUGGAUACGCUACCCUGGGGGCCACCGUGGCCUGUGGCAGGAGUGUAAUGCCGGCACCUGCUCCAACAUCCCCUGCCAGACCAUGCUGGCCGUGACCGGGGCGUACAUGGUGCUGGCGGCGGGCCCCGGCCUCGUGGGUUUGGUGAUGGGGCUGCGGAUCCUGUGCCACGAGGGCGACGCGCGGGGCCAGACCACGAGCAGCAUCUUCUUCCUCUGCGGCCUGCUGCUGCUGCUGGCCUUGACAGGCUACACCGUGGAGAACGCGUGGAAAAACGACGUCUUCUUCUCGUGGUCCUAUUUUUCGGGGUGGCUGGCUCUGCCCUUCUCUAUUCUCGCGGGCAUCUACUUUCUGCUGGCGGACAUGGUCGUGCAGAGCUCGGAUGCCAUCAGCGGAUUCCCCGUGUACUUGUGAGCCUGCCUGGGGCAGAAUAAAGGAACCGCUUUCACCACCUCGGCUGCGCGUGCCUU